CUGAACUCCGGAGGUGGAAUUCUACAUAUGAGAAACCUAGAUUAUGUUCAAAUAGGUGUGCAACCAAAACACCUAGAUACCUGGUGGAGUGGAAUGGAAAACAAAUUUGCAGACAUUUUGUCAUGUGAUGAUAUCUGUAAUUAUUUUGACAUGGUUGGAAAUUAUUCAGAUCCAGAUUUAUAUCUGUUUGUUAAAUCUGCAGAACAUUUGUGUUCCCUUGACUACCACUGUCGUCUGCCAACUGACACAGCAACACAUGAAGUUACCUACCAUUCUGUAAUGAAAUUACUCCAACAGAAAGGAGCACCAUGUACUAUAUCUGAUUUACCUCAAAUUCCAGAGAAUUUUGAAUAUGCUAGAACUGACAGUAAAAUAAAACAAGAAACCAAGCAAAUACAGUUUAAAUAUCUAUCAGGGGGAUCAAAAGAUUCUAAACCCAUACCACAGAAAAUCAAACAAAUGGUAUCGAAAUACAUAUCAGCAUUUGCCAAUCAUGAAGGUGGACAUAUUUUAUUUGGUAUUGAUGAUGUCAGGGCAUCAGCAAUGGGUGAACUGUUAUCUGAGGAUGACCAGGACAGGACAGUUGAGCUGAUAAAUGGUCGUAUGGAGAAUGUGAUCUGGGGAGAUGAAGAGUUUAUACCAGAACAAGGAAAACAUUGGGACAUCUGUUUCAAACCUGUUAUUGGCUCUCCAAAGAAAAAGGCCAGAAGAGUUAUAGUUGUUGUGUCAGUAUGUAAGUUCCCAGGGGGAGUAUUUACAGCUUCACCUGACAGUUAUUUUGUAAAUGAGUUUGGUGAUAUAGAAACCUGGAAAUUUUCUGAGUGGAAGCUAUCAAUGCUUAAUCCACUAAGAGAUAAACCCGACCUACAUAACAGAUUUAUCAAGCUCCCCAUAAGUGUCCCUCAGUCACCUCUGAUCUUCACACUAAAGCAAAGUAUAGAAAAAAUAGAAAAGAGGUUGCUAUCAGAUGCCAGUAAGAACUUAGUUUUACCUCAUCACUACAUGGACUGCAUUAAAGAUCUCAAGAUCAAAGACUUCAUUAGAUCUGUACUUAGCAUCUUUGAUGUGGAUCGACAUAUGAUGAUUGUUGUUAAUUGUUGGGGGCUGCAGGUUACAGCAUUACAACCUAGUGACGCCAUCUGUGAUGUGCUGGUACUGACAGAGAAUCAGGGAUGCCACCUGGUGACAAUUUCACAAACUAGUAGUGAGAAAAUUUGGGAACAUUGUCGUUAUGUAGCAGCAUUCAUUAAAGAGAAGCUUGUAUGCCAUGGAGGAUGCAUAGAAAAGUUUGGUCUGGUUUGUCAUGUUGCAAAUAUGGAUGGAUAUAAUGAUGAAAUAGAGAACAGUUUGUGGGAAAAUUUUUAUCCAUCUCAUUUUUACGUCACACCAAGUAAAUUUGACAGUUUAGUUCAAUCUCUCAUUAUAACAAUGGCGGCAUAUGAACCGAUUGAUUUUUCUACCUUAAACUCAACUAAGUCAAUGAGAGAAGUUCUGGCUACAGACAAAUACUUUUUCUUGUUGACUUGUGACCAGUUUGAUUUGAUAUGUAAACAACAGUUUACUAAGGAAUUAUGGGUACAUGGACCCCCAGGCUCAGGGAAGACUGUGGCUGCUGUACAGUUUAUAGCAGAGCUCAGAAGAAGGGGAUGUCAGAAAGAUGAAGUAUUGUACCUUGCUGAAAAUGAACUUUUGUGUUCCUACGUUAGGUCCUUCAAUUUCUGCCUAGUAACAACAAGAAGAAAAAUACUGGAACUUUACUUUGAUUUAAAGAAAUUUGAUGAAACAUAUCAUAAUGUCAAAAACGUGAUCGUGGAUGAGGCUCAGAAUUUCAAGGAUCGAGACGGUGAUUGGUAUGGUUUGGCAUCUCAUCUGGUUUCUAGACAUGAAACUAAUCACGGAAUGGAAACCUGUUGUGGGUAUUUCUGGGUUUUCAUGGACUAUUCCCAGAAAGUUCACAAGUUUAAAGCAGGGCUUCCAUCUGUGAUUGGCAAAAAUAACUACAUGCUGAGUGAAGUGGCACGAAAUUCUAAAGAAAUAUUUGACUUUGCCAAACAGUUUUUGGAUACAGAUGAAACAUCUUACGAUCAAGAGGAAACUGCAGCUUUGAAAAAAGUUGACAGCCAGCCUCACUUAGCUCAUGAAUAUUCAUCAGGAUGUGAAGUAGAAAUUAUUAAAUGUAAACAAGAAAAUAUUGAGAAAGCGAUAUCUAAUGUGUUGAAUCAGUUGGUGGAGAAUGGUACAGAGAUUGGUGAUGUCGCAAUAUUAGUUGGGAAAAGUAAAGACAAACAAGAAAUAGAACAUGCUGUGCAAGAUAUUCAAAAAGAUGCUCAAAUGAAGGAGGGUGUUUUAGUUGACACAGUUCAUCGGUUUAGUGGUCUUGAUAAACUUGCUGUUAUAGGAGUUAAUCCCCAUGUUAAUGAGGAACAUGCUAGUUUACAGAAGUUUUUACUCAGUCUAGCUACAAGAGCUAAGGAUAAUUUAGUUAUCAUAACCACCUCAGAUGAUCUUAAAUUAUCUGAAACUUUAAAAUCAAAACCUUCACUUUAACAUAUCUGUUGUCACAAGGAAUUCAACAAAUAGCUCUAUUUUGCUCAUAUAUAGUGUAGAAAGGAUUUAAUUCAUUUUAACUGCAGGGCAAAAAAAUGAAAUGCAUCCCUUUUUAAAAAUGAUAUUGAAAAUUAACUAAAAAAAUACCAAGGGAACAUUCAAAGCUCAUCAAUCGAAGAAAAACUUACAACAUCAUGGCAAAAAUAAUGAAAAGCUGAACAAGUCCACAAAACACUGCAUAGAAAAUGAAGACUGGGCAACCAGACCACAUCAAAAACCAUUAGCUAAGUUAAUCAAAUGUUCAUGCAAAAAUCUUUAGUAUAAUUUUCGUUUGGCCAUGGUGCAGCUUGUCCUUUGGCUUAAGAUUAUUACUUUCUGUUUUUGGAAUCUUUCUACAUUCAUAAGAGGUUGAUUUUCAAACCAGUGCCCUUGACUACAUUCAGACCAACCAGGGUUGUUGUCCACCAUUUUUCCUGUGUUAAUUUGACUGAUAAAUUGUUUUGAAACAUUACAAAUUUUCUUUUUGAUAUUAUUUCAUCACUGUAAAAAAUAUAUAUGCUUUUAUUGUAAAGCUUGAAGGAUGUAUUGAAUCCAAUUGUUUGCUCCGAAAAUUUUUCAACUAGGAAAGGAACAUUUAUAUUUACUUUUCUAUUUUUUACUAAUGUCUAAUGAAUUUUUUACACAGACAAGUAUGUUCUGCAGCUUCUUAAGAAUUUGUUGAUUCAUGAUCAAUCUGUUACUGUUUGCCAUGAAAUAUUAAGUUUGUCUAUAGCCUGUAGUAAGGCUUUUUAAUGUGUUUUACUAGUAACACAGAUGACAUAACUGUUCUUCAUUUAAGUGUUAAGAGUAUUAUUAUUUUUACCUAUAUACAUUGUGUAUACACUUGUUAUUUUUUACACCAGUGUGUGUGUUUGUUAUUAAAAUAUCAACAACAGGACCUCAUGAGUUAGUGUCAUCAGCUGAUGUCUGUUGUUUAUUUGUGGUGAACAAUUUUUAAAAACCACUUACUCAAUUUUGAAUAAAGCUUAACUGUCAAAGAUUCAUAGGGAAUAUUAUCAAAAGUCUGUUCAAUGUUGCUAAAAAUAGAAGGAAAUUUGACUAACAAAAACCCAUCAAGCAAAAAAAAAAUGUUUUUAAAUGUUACAAAGGACCAGCUAAUCUGUUGGGAAAUAGUUUGUUUCAAAAGCUAAACUAUAUUUUGACAUAAGACCUUAUGUGAAUAUACAUGUUAAAAUGUACACUCAAAAUUUUCUUGGAAACCCUAAGACAAAACUUUGCAUCAAUCAUCUGGAAAGCAUUUUCUUUAACAAUAAUUCCAAUUUUCAUGUGAUUGUUACCAGGAGAGGAAUACAGGUACCAAAGAGUCACUUGUGGGAAAGAGUUCCUCUUAUAUAUUUAUAUUGAAUUUGUUAAAUUUGAUUGUCAGCUGAUGGCAGUGACAACUGACUUGCACUAAGGAAAAGAAACUUGGCAUUUUAAUACAUUGUAGUUCAUGUAGUUAGUGAUAAAUUCAAUUCUUUUUAAGUGCUCAACCAUAUCUUUUUAUACAUAGUAUUUUUUAUAUCUUGUUAAGUUUUAUAAAUAAAUUGGACUUUUCCUUGGCAUUUUGUCUCCUUUUAUCAUAACAUAUUUUUUAUAUACAGAGAUACCCUUAAUGAUAACAAAAUGUUUUAUGCAAUAAAAUUUAUUAAAACUAUGUAAAAUAAA